CCCAUGGGGUCAGAUCAUACCAAAAACAAAACAAGCCAAGUGAAAGAGAGAAGAAAAGUCAAAGACAAUGUCAGGGAUCAUUCACAAGAUUGAGGAGACCCUUCAUGUGGGAGGCCACAAGAAGGAGGAGGAGCACAAGGGUGAGCAGCACCAUGGUGGAGAAUACAAAGGGGAGCAUCAUGGUGAACACAGUACUGAAUACAAAGGAGAGCAUCAUGUUGGUGAGCACAAGCCGGAGCACCAUGGAGGAGAAGAGCACAAAGAGGGGUUCCUAGACAAGAUCAAGGACAAGAUCCACGGCGAGGAGGGUGGCGCCACCGCCGAGGGCGAGAAGAAGAAGAAGAAGAAGGAGAAGAAGAAGCAUGAACAUGGCCAUGACAGCAGCAGCAGCAGUGACAGUGAUUAGAUUAUCUCCCACUGCUGCAUCACCUAUAUAUCUUAUAAGGUGUAUGGGACCAUAGUAGUGAGGGCUGUGUCUUUCUCUUUUUUUCCUACUUGUCAUUUAUAUUUAUGAGCGAGAGAAAUAGUGCGUGUAUCUGGUUGCUAAUUCGAGUGCUAUUAGUCUGUGGUUUCGUUGAUUUGUAACCCCUCUGCUUUGGUUAUGCUGGAUUGUAUAUUAUCCUUAAAGAAAUAAAAGAUUAAAUUAUCAGUGCGUAUUAGUAGUAUUA